AUGGGUAGAGGUAAAAGGAUUUCGUUCGAUUACAGAAAGGAUCGAAGAAAGGAGCGUAAGAAGAGCAAGAAAGAAAUCAUCGUACAAAAUGAGAUCAUCAAAAAGUCCUGGGAUAAAAGCCUUUCAGCACCAGCCAAUUUCAAAAGAAUAGGUCUAACCUACGAUCCCAACGAAGAUAUUUAUAAAUCGGACUCCGAGGUCGAAGAGGGCUUCAUUCGUGAAACUAAAACAGUGAGAGAAUUGAAAAAUGCUAAAGCCUCCAAGAAGAUCCGAGAAAAAUUCAUUUCCGAGGACGACAGAAUGUUCUGUAUGUAUAUGAUUGAACUCUAUGGAACCGACAUUGAGUCUAUGUCUCGAGACUCCAAAAACCUCUACCAACUCACUCCCACUCAGAUCCGGAGAAAAAUCGAGACCUUUCGGAAGUCAAAAUAUUUCAAACAAUACUUGAAGGAUAAAAAAGAAAAUAGUCUGAAUAUACUUGAAUUGUAUGAAUAA